CUUCUGAGGGAAGUUGUGCCUGUCUGUCCCGGUGUAUACAGGAGCCGGAUACAGAGACUCCCAGGGCCGAAGAUGGACAAGGUGUUAGCCGCCCUCUACCUGCUGGGGAUAUGCUGCUCGCUGGGGCUCGGGAAUGAAAAGAACUUUUCCUUAGAAGAUGAAGACGGGUCUACAGACGACGAGGACUUCUCGGGCUCAGGACUCGGAGUUAUCGUACCAUCAGCUUUAGAUGAAGUAGGAAAGGAAUAUUCUGAGCCUAAAGUGCCCCUGGUGCCCACCGUCGUGCAGGAAUUUACAGAGAACGUUACAGCCAUAAUGUUAGCUGAACCUACCACAAAGCAAGUGAAGAUGACAACAUCGCAAACAGAGGAUGAUGUGGAAAAGAUAAAUGAGCCGGGUUUGUUUGAUGAGAUUCCUGCAGUUGGACCAUCUUCACAUGCGGACACCACGCACGAGCCAACGUCCACAGCAGUCGGCACCACAGAGAAAAGUGAUAUUUUUGAUGCUGAUCACCAUCCACAUCAUCAUGGCCAUCACCACCACCACCACCACCACCAUAAAACCACCACUAAUCCACCGGUACCCGAGGAAGAUACUACUCAAGGACAACCUAUUCAUAAACACCAUGAGCAUCAUAUUCCCAAUGCUGAAGUAACUACAAGCUCUCCUAAAGAGCAUCUUCCUUUUCAUAAGACUACAUCGCCGGGACCAGCCGAAGACACAGAUUUUGUUUACCACCACAAUGCUCACCACCCUGAAGCACCAUCUGGGUCAUCUAGUACACCUUAUGCAGACAAUGAAGAAUCAACAGCAGAGCCAUCUGAUGCUGAUGGUCACGUGCUUGUUGGUUUUGAAAUAAAGCCAACCACAGAGCCAUCUGAUAAUCUGCAUAACCUUCAUAAGCAAACUACAGCUUCAUCCCUUGUAGAUGGAUCUAAUGUCCAUCACGUUCUCCACGGCAAAAUCACCACAAGCCCACCACAUAAUGUGGAACCCAGCAAAGAGGAUGAACGUACUGCGGCAACAAAUCCUCCUGAAGAUGCUGAAUCAGAGGUCCUUGUUCACCAUGAUGAUAAAACCACAAGCCCAUCAAGCCAUGUAGAAUCUGAGGAUCACGUUCACAAUGUAAAUCAAGCUACAACGCCUUCUGAUGUUGAUAAACAUCAUCAUCAUCAUCACCACCAUCAUCCUCAUACCACUACAGCCAGUACCGAACAAACCACAGAUUCUGAUGAGCAGCACGGAUUACACACGCUAAAACCAACAGACCAUUUCGUCGUAGCUACCACAAGAGCAAACGUUGUCCCCGUUGUGAACGAAGAUCUUAAUGUUCCUGAGGAUGCCGACUCCAUCGGUGGCCUUAAACCAACAACCGAGGAGAGCCCCGUAGAGAAGUCUACGCACCCCCAGAUGCCGGAUGAAACCGACGUGGACCUCUUUGACUCUAAGGAGGAUGAAGUAUCUGGAGAUGGAACAGAGAUGAAUAACGAUCUGUUUUUUGAGAAGACGUUGUCUGAUGUGAAAAGUGAAGUGAUUAACAGAAGCUCUGGUGAUGGUGAAGGAAGUCUUGAUGCGUCUCACGGGAUAAUGGAGAGGAAAGAACUCCUAGCAGGGAUAAUUGCAGGUGGUGCCGUUGGCCUGAUAUUUGCGGGGUUCCUGGUCGGGUUCGUUUUUUACAGAAUGAAGAAGAAAGACGAGGGAAGCUACUCCUUGGAGGAACCUAAACAGUCCAAUGGAGGCUAUCAGAAGCCACGCGAACAGAGGGAGUUCUACGCGUAGACUGCCGCCAAUCUUAAGCUCGGGCUGCGGGAUAAGUCGCCUCUACGUUGUCAUUCUUUCCGCAGUAUCCACUGUGUGGCUUUUGUUCAUAUAGACAACUUGACAACUGAGAUGUAAAGUCUUACCCCUGCCUCCCCGAGGCUCCAGCCAUGUUACCCAGAAAACAAAGAUCCAGGAAUUGUCUUUAAUUCCCGUUCGCCAUUAAACGAUUGACUUGGACUGUGGACUUUGGAUCCUCGUAUCCAGUUUGCCAAGAAGAAAGUAAUUGUUCGUUUGGAGUUAAUUGAUUCCCAGUUACGUUCUACUGAAGACUCUUGUUAUUCCUACUGGUGCCUUUGCCAUAAGUGUAUAUACUAGUUAAGAUUUUGUUCUUCUUGUUUGAA